GUGGACUCGAAUCAUCCAAAUCAACAUGAAAUGAAAAGUAUCGUUUGAUCUGCACGUUUUUCCUUCUUCUUGGUUUAAAAAUGCUUUCUCAAGCGCAAUUACUGGACGAAUUGAUGGGCAGAGACCGAAAUCUGGCCCCUCAAGAAAAGAAGUGCAGUCUUCAUUGGUCCGAUCCAAGUGUUUGUAAAAUGUACCUGGCUGGUUUUUGUCCACAUGAUUUGUUUACUAAUACGAGAUCUGAUUUGGGUUUUUGUGAAAAACUGCAUGAUGACAAAUUACGUGAAGAAUACAAAACUUCCAAAAGAUUUGGUACCAUGGGAUAUGAGGAUGAUUUCUUGCGUUAUUUACAAUCGCUUUUAUCCGAUGUUGAUCGUAGAAUAAGACGAGGUCAUUCCAGACUUACAACCACGCAGGAACUUAUGAAAGAAAAGCAAUUAGGAAAGUUGAACACAGACACCGAAAGAGAAAAGGAGGCCCAACUUACAGAAAAAGUUAAUUCUCUCGUGGAACAGGCGGAAAAACUUGGUUGUGAGGGAAAAGUUGAAGAAGCACAGGGGGUGAUGAAAUUAGUGGAUCAGUUGAAAGAAGAACGUGAUCAGCUUACAUCUAAGGUGAAAGAUCCAAGCUUCAAUGGUCAAGAAAAAUUGAUGGAAGUGUGUGAAGUUUGUGGUGCAUUUCUUAUCAUCGGCGAUGCUCAGAUCCGUGUUGACGAUCAUCUGCAAGGAAAGCAACAUAAGGGCUAUGCACAGAUAAAAGCCGCUGUUGAAGAACUUAAGAACCGUCCGUGGCUAAACAGAGCUAAAUCUAAAGAUUCAGCUGAGGGGGACAGGGAAAAGAAUUCUGAUCGUAAAGAUGCGCGCUCCGACGAUAAACGUUCAGAUAGGGACCGCGAACGACGCCGGGAGCGUGACGGCGAUCGCCGAGAUCGCGAUGGAAAGGAUCGUGACGGUGAUCGCCGGGUGACGGGUGACCGUGAACGAAGAGAUCGUGACCGUGAUAAUGAUCGUGAUCGGAGAGAUCGUGACCGCGAUAGACGGGACAGGGAUCGUGACCGACAUCGAGACAGGGACCGCGAUAGAGAUCGCCGUCGUGAUCGGAGCCGAAGUCGGGACCGUGACCGUGACCGGAAGCGAAGUAGUCGUGAUGAUGCCCGAAGUCGUAGCCGGGAGAAAGACGACAGUCGCCGACGAGGUGACGAUAGUCGCCGAGACAGUGGGGAAAGUCGCCGGCGUGAUGACGACAGCCGCCGAGAGUGUGACGAAAGUCGCCGAAGAGAUGAUUUUAAGGAAGAGAAGACUGAAGGUAAUGAAAUACAGGGUCAAGAAAUAAGUUCUUCGAAAGAUGAAAAAGUGGAUAAAGGUGCAUUAAAGAUGGUGGAGGAUAAGAUCCCGCAAGGUAGUCAAGAUGACACCGGUGUACCAGAAGGGCCCAGCGACGACAUGUAGAGAUGACGCUUUGUGGUUCGAUGAUGUCUUUUUCUUGAAAACGUCGUUAUAUAAUCCUCACAAAGUUUAAAGAACCUUAGAAUGUUCGUGAUUACUCUGUAGUCCCUAGGUUACCUUGAUUUGCUGUAAUCUGUCAUUUAGAUUUGGGAACCGGUUCGUUAAGUGAUUUUAGAAAGGGACAAGCUUACCGCUCAUUCAAACACCAAAUGCAUUUUAGUGUUUACAUAUUAAUCAUGUUUGCGAAAGUAAUAUCACGUUUA